CGUAUGCAGGAGAGUCUGGCUCUGUUCUACACCACCAUCCACUCUCCUUGGUUCUGCAACACCUCCAUCAUCCUCUUCCUCAACAAGACUGACAUCCUGAGUGACAAAAUCCAGACCUCAGACCUGCAAAAAUACUUCCCCAGCUUCACAGGUAAGAGGCAAGACCCCGAGGACGCCAAGAACUACAUCCGCAAGCUGUACGAGCAGCAAGCCAUCAACCGCGACAACAGGGAGGAGUGGAAGACUCUCUACCCACACUUUACCUGCGCCACAGACACCAACAGCAUCCGCAGGGUCUUCAGCGACGUCAAGGACACUGUGCUGCUCAAGUCUCUCAGGGACUAUGGGGUCAUCUGAACUUUUACUCCGUGGUGAAAAACAGAAGAAAAGCGUUGGUUCUUGUCUCUGUGUGGAUCAUUUGCUUGUACGAGUGAAGGACUUGAUGAAGACGUGGCUUCUUUUUCUAAAACCCGGACAAUCAGACCAUUGCCCAUCCUUCAUACUUCUGUCCACCCCUCCUCCUCAUCCUCUUCUCCCUUAUCAGGUCUUAAUGUAUAAGUAGGUGGAAAAAGAAGGGACACAUUUGUACUCUUCUCUCACCUUCAACCACCAUCACUAGUCUGCUAUCUUCCCCUUCUUCCUCUCAAGUAGAAAACAUGAUGACGUUUAGGGAUAUUGGGAGAUACGACAAGACAGGGAGCGAGGAACCAGUAAUCGUCCUUGUUCCUCUCAGCCAGCUGCUUCAUUCUCUGUUUUCAUUGUGGAAUUUUUUUGUUUUUUUGAAGGUGAAAAAGUGUUUGGGUCAUGCAGUGACUGAACUGAUCCAUAAUUGAACCAGGAGCAGAGAUGCUGUGAAGAGCUGUGCUGCCAUUAACGGCAUAAUGACUUUUACAAGUGGAGAUGGGGUCAUGCUUGGGUACACCACACUGUCACACACAUUUUAAAUGCUUUAUUUGAAUCCACCAGGUAUAGUAGAUGCUCACACACACUGUAAACAAACCGUUUUCAUUAUGCACCGUAAACGGCAAUACAUGAGUUACAAUCUGCUGCACCUUUUAUUAUUAGACAUCCGGAAUCAGUGGCUUUUCUCUGUGUGAUUAAUGUCACCACAGAGACUUUGAUUGUUUCACAAACACUGCACACAGACGGUGCAAAUCCCUAUUGAUUACAUUUAUCUCACACUGGCAAUAUUUCUUACACAUUAUCUUAUUCAACACAUCUGUUCGGCACGAUCUUUAUUGGUUAUCAUGCGCCGAAAGAUAACAAUAGUGUGUGGUUCCAUCCUUACAUUCCAGUCUGUUGCUGUUUCUGUAUUAAAUGGUUUAUUAUGUUGGGAAAUAACAUUUAAAUGGCAUCAAUAGUAAUAUGAAGUAUUAUUAUUAUUGUUAUUAUUAUUAUUAUUUAACGUGUGUUAACUUCACCUUGAGGCAGCACUGUUAAGAGCAAAUUGAUAGCCUAUUACCUAAUUUAGUAAAAUAAACCUAACUAUCUAUUUGGAACUCUGAUUAAUAAUUAAAUAAGUAUAACCAAAGUGAUCACCAAUAGCUAGUGGGUUGAAGGAUUUGAAGUUCUACAUAGAAGAGGUUGGCAAUAUAUUCACUAUAUGUUACAUUAAAGAAACCAGCAUGUGUAUCCACAAGCAUUUAUUUAACAGAUAACGCACAAUAUGAAAUAUAACUUAGAUGCACUAAACUAAAGGACAGAGAUGUGUGUGUGCAAUAAGGAGAGCAUGUGUGUGUGUGUGCGCGCAUGCGCCUCUGUGAUCUGCGUCGUGUGUUCAACAUGUACGAGCACAGACACACCUUUUGCAGACAAAGAUAGCACAGUGAAGCAAGAGCAUAACAUUACCAAUUUAGCGAUGUGGCUGAGAACUACAGUUACACAAUAACCUCACCUUCACCAUGAAACAAUCAUAACAAUAAACCUCAGUGGAAAACACGUCAGCACAUGAACAUUUACAAAAGCUAACAGUCCUGUGCAGUUUACUUAUGUGAAGCUAUAUAAUGUCCAUGUCAUGUGACAUCAUGGGUCACAGGUCAGUGACCAAUCAUAGCUGAAAGCUGGGUCCAUGGGCUGAAUUACCACCCAGUCAGGUGUGAAGUUCCUGAGGAUUGUGGGAAACCUGUGGGAAACUGACAACAUGAUCUGUGAAGUCUCCACGGUCCCAACAAUUAUUAUAUUAUGUGCAAUCCCCUUUGUUACAUAUGGAUAACAUACAGACUGUGUUUAAAAAAGAGAAGAACACAACAGGAGAGUGAAUCUUUAUUGCAAAGUGCUCCGCAGCCAGUACAAACAGGGCGUCACAAAAACAAAGACGGAAUCAAAAUGAAUGUGAUGUGGAUGAAAAAAAGGUCAUAUAGUUGCAAAAUUUAGAGACUGAAUGCUUCAACAAAUUGAUUCAAGAGCUUUGCAUAGGUUAAAGCACAAUUUCUUCAAUUUUUUAAAUACAUUUCCCCCUCUAACUAAUGAAUUUGCAUUUCUUAGUCAGGCACCAAUUAGACUGUACAGUAACGCAGCUGAUCACUGGCUGAGCAGGCAGAUGUGCUUGUGUUUUUGGUAGGAUGGUGAUUAGCGGAUCCACCUGUUGUUGGCAUGCAUCAGUUUUGUGCUUAUACAGGACUGCUUUUGUGUUUUACCACAGGUUUUCAGAAAACUCUGAUGGAUGCACAGUAAAGGGCAAAGUCCUGACCAUCAGAUCCGUUAACACUCCCCAAUAUGUUCAUUACGGAUGUCUUACCGGUCGGAGGGGAAUGAUAAGCACAAGAAGGAGAUUUGAAUGGUUUAGGUCCAAAAAACUGGGAGAAAAAGUUCUUUAAAGCAGCUUAAAAGGUGAUGAUGUCAGUGUUGUUUCCGCUGCCCUCCAAGUGCCCAAGAAAGUAGUUCAAGUUGGUUUAAGUGCUUAAAUGUCUAUUUUUGGUCUCUGAAAUGUGCUGUUUUGAAUUUUCCACAUUCAGUUUCCGCACGGCAAUAAAGCUGCUUUCUAAUAGUGCUUAUACGUUGUUAGAUAGCUCAUUAAAAGUCUUCAUUGAACCUCUGAGCUGAGUCACAGACACGUGGUUUAGAAGACUCUCCAUCUUUAACUUCAACCAUCUUCAUUUAAUUCUCCUGUCAGCUCAACACAAUUAAUGCACUUCAUUAAAAUCAAUAUCGCACAUCUGAGCACAGAUCACAAAUGGGGCCUGACAAGUUUAAAAAGGUCACAAGUGAAGGAACUGAGACUUGUUUGUCCUGUGAGAAAACACAUUGAUGGUGAAAAAAUAAAACAGCCGAUCUGCUGGGUAAAGGGUAAAGAAUAUUAAUAUGAGGUGGCAGUGUGAACUCUGUCCGUCCUAUUAAUAUCUGUGUAUGUGGAGAGGGGAAGUUCAUAAUAUUGAUUAGAAGCGUGGGUUCUAUCCCCUUGUGCGUCACUGAGUAUCAAGGGUGUGUUGAGUGAAAAAUGAAAUUCAUUGAAUUAACUAACCUUAAUGGGAAGUUAACAUCUUGAUCUUUGAUCUCAUACCGCUACACUUUGCAUUCAGAUAUGGUUCGUAUAUUUUCUUUUAUGCCAUCAAAAACACAUGUAUAGUUUUACUGUACAUUUACUGAUGACUACUAUAACUUUUAUUGGUUUUUAAAUGCUGUAUUUCUUUACAUUGUUUACCAAGAGCACAUAAGCUGACUAGAGAGUGUGUUUGCUACUUUCAGGCAUUGGGAGACCUCUAAUACAGUGACAGUGAAUCAUUUUGUGUAGCCUCAGGUGGAGGAAGUGGGCAAAUAUUUUAUUUUGUAGUUACUGUAAUAUUAAAAACAAACUUUUGAACAUACAUACACA